AGUUGGUCACGCAAGUAUGGUUUUCAGUUUUCUAUCAAUGUUACUCAAUUAGUCCUUGCUGCGAGUCUUCUUUAGUCCAGUUCAAUUCGCAUAAAGAUAUAGGAUGUCAAAUCAAAAAGUACGAGAAAUCCAGCUUCACCGUCUCACGUCAUUUUCGUGUGUACCAGGUCCAUCAGCAUGUGCCGUUGGAUUAGAAAACAAAGAAAUUCCAGACGACUCCAUCACAGCGUCCUCCACAGCAGAAGAUUCUGCUCCAUACUAUGCGCGACUGAACUAUAAGAGAGGGGCUUGGUGCCCAAAAUUGACAUCAGAAGAUCCAUAUCUACAGAUUGACCUGGGUACUAUGUAUGACGUCACAGAGGUGGCUACCCAAGGCAUAGGGAAUACUGGGGCGGAUCGGUUUGUGAAGGCAUAUAAGUUGCAGUAUUCCAGGGAUGGCAAGGAAUGGGAAUAUCACCAGGAGGGUGAGAGAUAUAGCCAGAUUCUAAAGGGUAACAACGACAGUGUAUCCAUUGUGAGACGAGUUCUGAGUAAACCAUUCCGAACAAGGUUCGUGCGUUUUUAUCCUGUAGAAUGGAUUGGGAAACCUUGCAUGAGAGUCGAGGUUUAUGGUAUCCAAGUUGGAAAAGCAACAUUCGAAACGACCGUCAACGUCACGGAUCUCCAUGGUAACGGUCUAAAAGGAACUCACACAUUACAGUUUUGUUUACAACUGUUCGGCGAGGAUGGUUACACAAGGAAACUGCCGCUGGAGAUCGAGGCAAACAGCAAGGAGAAAAAUCAAGAUAUCCUUGUUUUCAAGAGAAAAAUUUUAGCAGCCGAUGUGGGAUGGAUUCAGCAUCUUAAACUGUCGUACGAGAAUAGCAAGAAUGUCCAGGACGAUACUCGUCCCUCAUUGGUCCAAAAACUGCGCCGAAUGUCUUCGAUCAUGGGUGACGAUGAUAUGAGCAAUGGAGAAUCAGGCUUGUUUAUCGAUGAAAUUACCAUAGAUGUGAAGGAGACGGGACAACAUUUUACGUUCCCUUGUAAACAAUGGCUGAUCCAAGGACCAACGGCAUUUGAUCCCGCUCACCGCCACAAGUCCAGACAAGCAAGCUCGAAUUCUUACACGGUCAACGAUCAAGACUUUGAUCAUAUUUUACACCAAGAAGCAGAGGAGACGGAGGGAUGGCAUAAACGAAAAACACCCAGUCAUAUUCAGUCUUGGAGAAGACAACCUAACCAAUCAGAGACCACGACACUAACGAAGACAACGUUCAAUAUAGAUGGAAUACCAUACGAUGAUGCUGUACGCUUGUUAACCGACUGGAACUUGCGAGUCAAGUGGGACCAGACAUUUAGAAAAGUGAUUGUGAUCGAAGAAAACGUAGACUCGGAUAUUUUAUAUUGCUGUUUAAAAAUGCCGCCACUUUUUCGACCUUGGGAAGUUGUUCUAUCUGUAAUGAACAAAGCGUACCAUACACCAGACCGGUGUCACGUGAUCGCAUGGUGCAGUACAGAGCACUCUAGUGUAUCGACGUCGGAAAAAGCAACUUUAGGCAGGGUGCAAGUUCGCCUUUCAGGCAUGGUAAUCAGACCAAUAGGAGACGAUAGCGGUUCAUGCAAAGCAACUCUGUUGACACGAAUGAGAUCAGACGAGACAACACCAAGACCAAUCAAGAACACUUACCUAAAUGGACGUCCCGCCCAGUGGGUUAAAUAUUUACAAGAAUACUACGUGGAACACGGGGCCAAGGAACCGGAAGUAAAUGGAUCAGAUGAAGUAUUCGGGGAUCAGUAAAGAGAACCGUUUACGCAUGCGUCAUAAAUUAUUAAAGAAUUUUUUGCAGGUUUCUAGCGUGGGCUUCACUGGUUUAUAAUAUCAAUGUGUGACAGCUAUUUUGACGCUGAGGGAAGGAAGACCAUAUAAAGCCAUUGAUUGGUGAAGACUUUGACGCCCGAAAUGCGCUAUGAGUGAUGUGAAUGCGAUCAGUAAAGGGACACAACAAUAUGGAAUUUUACCAACUUUUUGUCAGCACUUUUGCUGACUCAUUUCCUUCUCUAUUAACAUUAUUUUCAUAUAUAUGAUAAGAUUCAUUUCAAGCUCAGUAAACAACAUGCAGCAUGCAAUGCGUUUCACUGGCAGAUUCAGGAGUUUUAGAAGGAGGUGACUACAACGAAGGUUUUACCAGGUAUUCGAGGAAAAGGGGAGUGGCUGUUACAAACGAUAUACUGAGCAAUUUGAGCAAAAGGGGGUAGGGGGGGGGGGUAACUUGUUACUACCAUCACCACCAGUGGAUCCGCCCCUAGGCCAUGACAUAUAACACCCAACAAAACUUCACCAACAUUUUUUGAAAUAGCUGUAUAUAGACCCCUUACACUAAAUCCCAACCUGUAAGUCAAAACAAUUACGAAAUAUUAGCAUUAAAACAUUCCGAUCCUCUAAA